UAUCAAAAUUACCAUCAAGGGGAAAGAAGUUUCAAACCACGCAAGGAAGUUUGCGUCUGAUCUCUCCAAAGUGUCUCACGGCAUUCAACACUAAAGUUUUGCUUCUCAUCGAAAACGUCAAGACUCAGGACGUGCAAUGGCAGUUGCUGGAGUUGGGACUGCCGUCAAAGUUGUUUUUUCGGUUGCCAAGACAUUGCACAGCCAACUGCAGAAAGCAAAGAGAAACAAGGAUAGCUUUGAGAAACUUGCAACAGAUGUGAAGGAUGUGACCGAGGUGCUACAGACUGUGACGAUCCAGGGCGUAGACGAAGGUGUGGUGAAGAAAGGACUAGAGACGUUUGAACGUGCUUUGGAAUCCGCCGAGAAACUCCUGCAAAAGUAUGGCCUCAGCAACAGGUUCAUGUAUUGUGUUAGAGCAGGAAGUUGGGAAUAUCGUUUUGACAUGGUGAUUGAUGAGCUGCGUGACGCUAAACAGCAACUAACCCUUUGCCUCCUGGUGGAACAAAGAGGGCAACAUCAGCCGGAUGAGAGGGAUGAAGACGCCAGAGCUCAUGCAGCUCUACAGAAAGCACUUGGGGAACACAAGAGCAGUAUGCAGAAGCGGUUUGGGUGCAUAUGCGAAGGACUAGAAGAGAGAAGUACUAAAACUCCACUCAACAAGAUCUACACCCAGCUCUACAUCACCGAAGGGGAGAGUGACGAUGUGAAUAACGAGCAUGAAAUUAUACAGAUUGAUAAGCUGUCCCGAAACACACCUGAGACUCCCAUCGACUGUAACGACAUCUUCAAGGCUUUACCUGGACAAGACAGACAUAUCAGGACUGUGAUGACCAAGGGCAUUGCUGGCAUUGGAAAGACAGUGUCCGUGCAUAAGUUCAUUCUCGACUGGGCAGAUGGAGAAGCUAACCAUGAAAUCCAGCUGCUCCUUUUUCUUCCUUUCAGAGAGCUGAACUUGCUCAAAGAUGACAAGUUCACUCUUCACAAUCUCCUGCUGAAGUUCUACCCAGAACUGGGAGCAGUGAGUGGGACAUGUUACCAUGACUUGCAGGUGGUGUUCAUCUUUGAUGGCAUAGAUGAAAGUAGACUUCCGUUGAGCUUUAAGACCAACAAACCUGUGGGUGACCUCAUGGAGACCGCAACACUGGAUGUGCUGGUCACCAACCUCAUCAAGGGAAACCUGCUCCGUAGCGCCCUCAUAUGGAUGACAUCACGGCCUGCAGCCGCUGGUCAAAUCCCCUGUGAGUAUGUUGACCGCGUCACGGAAGUGCGUGGGUUUGCAAACAAACAAAAGGAGGAGUACUUCAUGAAUAGGAUUGAUGAUCAGGAUCGAGCUCGGGAAAUCAUCAGUUACAUCAAGACCAAACGGAGCCUCUACAUCAUGUGCCAUAUCCCAGUUUUCUGUUACAUUGCAGCAACGGUCCUGCCGGAAAUGUUGGGUCAGUACAGUGCAGAAACACCUUCAACUCUUACAGAAAUGUACAUUUACUUUCUGAUCAUACAGCUUGACAAGAAGAAACAAAAAUAUGAUGGUGUGAAACCAGAGAGAAACAACAUCCUGGAGGCAAACCGGGAUGCCAUCUUAAAAUUGGCAGAGCUGGCUUUUAAAAAUCUUGAGAAGGACACAAUCCUGUUUGAUGAUGAUGGUCUGAAUGAGUGUGGCAUUAACUUGGAUGAAGCAUCUGUGCAUUCCGGUUUCUGUACAGAAAUUCUGAGGGAAGAACAUAAGUUUGCUUUUAGGAAGUUCUACUGCUUUGUGCAUCUGAGCCUUCAGGAGUUCCUGGCUGCUUUAUUUGUUUUUGUCUCUUUCCUGAAUGAUGACAUGGCAGCACUGAAAACCUUUCUGAAGGCAAAACCCAAAAAGGUGUUCCUCUACCUCUUGCUGAAGAGUGCUGUAGAGAAGUCUCUGCAGAGCAAAAACGGACGCUGGGAUCUUUUCUUGCGCUUCCUUCUGGGCAUCUCGCUCGAGUCCAGUCAGAAACUCCUCGGAGGCCUGCUGACACGUCCGUUAACAGAGAACAGGGAGGAGAACUCCAAAAGCCUCAAAUUAAUCAUCAAACACUUAAAAGGCAUAGAAGGAAAAGACAUCUCCCCUGAUCGAUUCAUCAACCUCAUCAACUGCCUUUUUGAAAUGAAGGACCACUCACUGCAGAAAGACUUGAGUUUCAUUACCUAUGAGAAACGACCAGAAACAGAACUCUCACCAGCCCACUGUUCAGCCUUAGCAGAUGCCUUUCUGAAAUUAGAGGAUGUUUUGGACGAGUUUGAUACUGACAAAUACAACACAACGGACGACGGACGCCAAAGACUUGUUCCUGUUGUGAAAUGGUGCAGAAAAGUGUGGCUUACAGAUUGCAAAUUGAAGGAGGAGUCUUGUGAGAUUAUAGCCUCAGUCCUGCAGUCAGCAUCAUCCCACCUGAGAGAGCUACACCUGGAUGGUAGCACCAUGCCAGACUCCGGAACGAAGGCCAUCUUCUCCUCCCUAACAAGCCCCAGCUGUAUGUUGGAGAGACUAAGCCUUGUCUACUGUGCACGUACCGACAACGACAUGUUUGAGCACCUGGGUUCCUCCCUUGAGUCGUUGAGACAAGACUCCCGGCUGGAGGAUCUGGAUCUGAAUUGCUGCCGCAAGGACAACAUAAAGAUUUUAACAGCCGGACUGAAGAAUCCCCACUGCAAAGUCAAGAGAUUGAGCCUGAGAGAGUGCCAUCUUUCUUUGAGUCACUGUGAGGAUUUGGCCUCCAUUCUCUGCUCCUCGGCCUCCAGCCUGAAGGAGCUGGACCUGAGAAACAACAACCUGCAGGACUCAGGAGUGGAGCUGCUCUCCUCUGGACUACAGAGCCCACAGUGUACACUGGAGAUACUGAGACUGUCAGCCUCCGAGAUCACUGAGGCGUCCUGGAGGUGUUUAACGUCGGUCUUCCAGGGGGAACUGGACCUGAGUGAGAACAGGCUGCUGAUGUCAGAGCUGGAGCAGCUGUCAGCAGCACUGAGGAGUCCAGACUGCAGAGUGAACACACUCAGGCUGAAGCAGUGCUUUCUGAAGGAUGACCACUGUAGGGUUUUGGCUUCAGUCCUCAGUUCAGAUGGAUCCCACCUGAAGGAGCUGGACCUGAGUGACAACGACCUGCAGGACUCAGGAGUGGAGCUGCUCUCCUCUGGACUACAGAGCUCACAAUGUACACUGAAGAUACUGAGGUUGUCAUUCUGUGGCGUGACUGAGAAAGCCUGUGAGUUUCUGGCUUCUGCUCUGAGUGCAAACCCCUCCUACCUGAGAGAGCUGGACCUGAGCUACAAUCACCCAGGAGAGGCCGGAGUCAAGCUGCUCUCUGACAGAAAAGACGACCCUGACUGCAAACUGGACACACUCAGUGUUGAUCAUGAUGCAGAGUGUUGGAUGAAGUCGGGACUGAAGAAAUACGCCUGUGAGCUCACACUGGACCCUAACACAGCCCACCGUGAGAUUUCUCUCUCUGAGAAUCAGAAGAUGCUGAUUGUUUCUGAAAAGGACUGUGCCGACCACCCGGACAGGAUUAAGAGCUGUGAACAAGUGCUGUCUGUAGAAAAGCUGACUGGACGCUGCUACUGGGAGGUCGAGUGGAACGGCUUAUCGGUCUACUUUGGAGCGGCAUACAGGAAACGAGGGAUGAAGGAGAGAGACUGUCGUCUGGGACUCAGCAACACGUCCUGGGGCCUACUGUGUCAGGAUUUGACCACAUCUGUCAGGAUAGACAAGCAGAGCUACACUGCCUGCCAUGACAGUAAGGCCUCCACCAAAGUUUCCCUUCCAUUUUACUCCGACAGAGUGGGAGUGUUUCUGGACAGGGAGGCCGGCUCUCUGUCCUUCUACAGCGUCUCCUCUGACACACUCACCCACCUGCACACGUUCCACCAUGAAUUCACUGAGGACCUCUAUGCAGGGUUUGGCUUUGUGUCUUCUCUGACAACGUUUAUAGAUCCCAGUUCAGUUACCAUUUCCCUCUGUCAGGUGUGAGGGGUGUUUAACACACUGCUGCCAUCUACUGGCAGUAUAAAAAAACAACAGACAACAGACUAAAAUGGGUAGUUUCACGAUCAAUAUCCACAUGUAUGGCUAUGUGUGCUACACACAUUUACUGUUACUGUCACUGGUAACUCUGUGGUUAACUAUUGCCUACUUGCAAUAUCAUUUUCUUUACAUAAUGUUUAUAACGACAGUCUCAAUAAACCAAAUAAACA